UUUUCUUUGAAAAAUCCUUUAAACAGUGUUAUUAAAAUUCCUUGAUGUCAAUAGUCUUUAAACUGUGUUAUUAAAAUUCAACCAUUCACCGUUUUGCAAAGAAAAGUAUAUAGAAUAUGUAUUCUCUUUUGUUUUGACAUCAAUUUGGUUAUACUUAUCUUCAGCUGCCGGUUUGAAUUGUACUCCAAACACAAUUAUAAAUCUCACCAUUUUUUAUUAUACACACUUUAUUCUUGUCUCUAUAGUUCCACAUCUCAAUCUAGCUCUCUUCUCUAUCUUUCUCUAAAUCAUGGGUCUUCCUGAAGAUUUCAUCACCGAGCUUCAGAUUCCAAGUUACAUAUUAAAGAUACUUUACGUCAUCGGUUUCUUUAGAGACAUCGUCGAUGCUCUUUGUCCUUACAUUGGUCUACCUCGUUUUCUAGACCACAACGAGACCUCUGCACCCGAUCUGACCCGACACGCUCUCUCUACGUCAGCGAGUCUUGCUAACGAGUUGAUCCCGGUGGUUCGGUUCUCGGAUCUUCCGACCGAUCCGGAAGAUUGUUGUACGGUUUGUUUGUCAGAUUUUGAGUCCGACGAUAAGGUUAGGCAGCUACCCAAGUGUGGACACGUGUUUCAUCAUUAUUGUUUAGACCGUUGGAUCGUUGACUACAACAAGAUGAAAUGUCCGGUUUGUCGGCACCGGUUCUUACCGAAAGAAAAGUACACGCAAUCUGAUUGGGGUUCUGGUUCAGAUUGGUUUAGUGAUGAAGUGGAAAGUACCAACUAAUUGGUUUAAUCUAUGUCGGCAGAAUAUUUGUUGUAUCAAUUCCAGUAUAACUCUAUGUAUAUUAACAUAGAUCAUCUUUUUGAAGGAACAACACUAUAUAUAUCUUUAUACAAAAACAACACUAUAUCUAAGGAUGUCAAAAUGGAUAACCCAACUCAACUUAACUCAUAAUCAAAUGAGUUUAGG